AUGGACACCCUGCUGCAGCAGGUGGUGGCAAAUUGUCCUGAAUCCAGGGUCAGCGAGGUGCUGGAGAUGAUAUUCCAGCUGCUGAUAAACUUUUCCAACUGUGAGAGGCCCGAGGUUCGGAAGAGGGCAGUGGGCAGGAUCCGCGGCCUCAGCCGCUUCCUGACCGCUUCUUUCUGGGGGAAACACGAUCAAAAGACGGAGAACCAGGAAUUCCAGAUCCCAAACUUUGGGGAGCUGCUGGGCCAGCUUGUCCUGCUGCUGUCCUUCAAGGAGAAAGAGGAGGACACCAGUGCCAUGGCCUUAGAUGCUCUCUGGUGCUUCUUCAUCGAAAAGCACCAGAAAGGCACAACCCUGCCCGAGGACCAGGAAGAACUCCGACAGGACUGGGAAGUCCAAACUGCUGCCCCCUCCUGCUCUGAGGUUGCCAGAACUGUUACUGAGAUGUUCUCAGGGUUCCUGAAGCCCUCAGAAAGGACAGGUUUCAUCCUGAGGGUCAUGGAGGGGAUGCAAUCCUUCACCAUCUAUGACAAGGAGCUGGUGGGCAGCGUCCUGCUUGGGAUCACAGGAGAGUCAGUGCGCUGGAUCGUGGAUAUGCCCAGGGUCCUGACCUCCCUCUACCAGACCCUCUGUUCCAUCCGUUGGGACUCAGCCUGGCAGGGAGUGCGCUCUCUGCUCCUCAAGCUGCUGGAGCAGAACCCUGAGGAUGCAGUCAAGCUGCUGCUGGACACUGCUCCUCCAGGAGACCGCUCUGGGCUAGAUAUGUGGGAGAUGCUGCUCACCAAACCCGGGGCUGUGGAUCUGGUUUUGGUGGAGCUGCACAAGCAGCUCCAGCUCAGGCACCAGAAUUUGCUUUUCUCCACCCUCUCCGAGGACAUUUCUUGCCUGGCUCUCCUGUCCACCAUGUACCUGUCCCAGGAAUUCUUUGCCCAGGCCUACACCUUCUGGAGGUUCCUGAAGGACCAGACCCAGGACGUGCUCUCUGUGGCACUCGUUGGCAUGGCCACCCUGUCUGAGACUCCUGAGAUGGCCUGGAAGCUGAAGGUGCUGCUGCCAGACCUGCUGGAGGUGCUGGAGCAGGGGGCUGAGGAUGUUCAGCUGAAGGCCCUCAAGAUUUUCAGGAAUGUGCUGAGGGAACUGAGCAGGAAGGAGGUGACUGCCAUGGCUCCAGAGCUGCUGGACAAGCUCCUGCCUCUGUUUGGAAACGAGAUGCUGAGUGACCUGAGGGAAUUCUCCCUCCAGCUCUUCACAGAGCUGCUGCAGAAAGUGUCUGGGAGGAGGGAGCUGAAGUGGAGGAGGGAGCUGAAGUGGAGGAGGGAGCUGAAGCAGCGAGUGAGACGGGGGCUCUUCCACCUCUGGCUCCACAUGAGGGAUGAGAGCCCCAGCGUGGCCCAGGCCUCCAGCCAAGCCCUGCUGGCUGCUGCAGAGCUGCUCCAGUGGCAGCAGCUCCAGGACCUGGUGCUGACAGAGCAGACCUGGAGGAUUGGGGAGUGCUUGCUGCAGCAGGGCAGGAGCAUAGCUGAGGAAUACCUGGAGCAGAAGCCUGGGAUACCUGGAGGAUGCUCAGGACACCCUGAGGUUGGAAGCCAUCAGGUUCCUGGGCCUUGCUGCUCGGGGCCAAAGCCAUCAGAAGCUCUCAGAGCUGAUUAGUGCACUUUACCC